CCUGUGCGACCGCUCUAGGCACUUACCUGUGGCAUCCAUCGCCUAUGCCGCCGCCUCUCUAGGCUGUGGGUGCUCGCUCUGUGACCCAGGCGGGGCGGGCUAGCAGGACGGGGUCCGUGGAGGCAGCCGAGUGGCGGUCCCGGCGGGGCCUCCGUCCGCGCGAGGUGCGAGGUAGAGCCGCGUAGGCCGUGCGGCCCGGGCCCCGCGGCACAGGUCAGUCGGGGCGCGGGACGAGUUCCGCAAGUCCCACUGGUGUUUUUUCCCUGCUGCCCGCUGUCUGCCCAAGGAGGCUGUGAGUCUUCCAGCUAGGACGAAAUGUAAGAAAGUAUUUUUUUGAGAAGAAAUGGCACCCAGCAUUGAAAAUGAAAAGAGUGUGAAUCCUGUGCUCAGAAUAAGUCAACUUGAUGCUCUUGAACUAAACAAAGCUCUGGAACAACUAGUGUGGUCCCAGUUUACCAGCUGUUUUCAUGGAUUUAAACCAGGGGUGUUGGCUCAUAUUGAACCAGAAGUUAAAGCAUUUCUGUGGCUUUUACUGUGGAGAUUCACCAUCUAUUCUAAGAAUGCAACUGUGGGACAGGCUAUUUUGAAUAUUCAGUACAAGAAUAACUUAUCUCAGACAGAGAAAUACCAACCUCUGAGCAAACACCAGAAGUUAUGGUAUCUUAUUUUCACUGUUGGUGGAAGAUGGCUGGAGGAAAGAUGUUAUGAUUUCUUUAGCAAUCGCCAACUGCAAUCUGUCAGCAAAAUCAAGCAAUAUAUUAAUUUUGGAGCUGGACUUCUUAAAAUUUGUGGACUUGUAAAUUUUCUGAUUUUUCUUCAGAAAGGAACAUUUGCAACACUUACUGAACGCAUUCUAGGAAUUAAAUCAGUUUUUUGCAAGCCACAGAAUGUUCGUCAGGUAGGAUUUGAAUACAUGAACAGGGAGCUGUUGUGGCAUGGCUUUGCUGAAUUUCUGAUCUACUUGCUACCACUUAUUAAUGUACAGAAACUGAAACUCAAAAUUUGUUCUUGGUGUUUGCCUAUUGCCAAUCUUUCUAAUAGUGAAAAAACAUUAGCAGCUCACUACAAGGUGUGUUCGCUGUGUGGGGAAUGGCCUACCAUGCCACAUACCAUAGGCUGUUCACAUGUGUUUUGUUACUAUUGUAUUAAAAGUAACUAUUUACUUGAUAUGUAUUUUACCUGUCCUAAGUGUGGCUCAGAGGUACACAGUCUUCAGCCACUGAAAUAUAAAAUUGAGAUGACAGAAUUACAUAUCUAAUGAGGAUGUUGUUCUGUUCUUGUACUGCAUAUGAAAUAUAUUAAAGAUGAAUGGAAAAGAAUCAGAAAUUACUGUAAUCAGACAGCUUGAAAGACAGCUUUGGAAAUUCUUUAA